GCAGCCCAAGGCUUGGGGGUACAGCAGCACCCCAUUUCUUCGCACACAGGUAAAAAGAAACCUGUGCCAGCUGCUUGGAGGCUGGAGGAAAAUGAUCCGUUCAUCUCCUGAAUCCUGAGCUGGAGGCUGCAGGAGUGAAUCGGGAAUCGCUGCGGGAAAUCUCCCAUCCUCUCUAGGUUUAAUAUAUCCUCGUCUUGGGGGUCUAGCGCGCAGGAUCCCCUCCUGCUCGUCCACGUCGGCCGUCCUCCCCCUCCCUGGCGCGGGUGGGAGCCGCUGACUCAUCUGCCCGUCGUCUUCUCCCCCCCCCACGACGAAGGGGAAUUCAUCGAGCAGCUUCGAGGGGCUGCAUUGCAGACCCAGACGCGCCAGCAGACAAAAGCGACGCUGCAACGCCCGCGGCUUCCCAGCACAAAGAGCCCAGACGGCAUCAAGCCCACCCUUCCUCGACAGCCUGAAAAUGCUGGACACCAUCAGCAGCCAGUACGACUCCUUCAUCUACUGGAGGAUGCCGAUCCCACGGCUGGACGUGGCAGAGCUGGAGGGGCUGGGGCUCAGCGACGUGGCCCUCUACAAACCCAAAGGAGGGCUGGGCAAGCUCGCCGGCGAGCGGGACCGGGUCAGCCAGGACAUCUCCGAGGAAGAGGACAGUCUGCUGCAGUUCAACAGCUUUAAUUUCUGGAGAGCUCCUAUCGCUAGCAUUAGCUCCUUAGAUUUCGAUCUAAUUUGAAGCCCCCCUUUCUGCCCCUCUGCACCCCCCCUGCCCUCUCCCUCUCGGCUAGGCAUGCAAGGAUUUGGUUUUAUUGUCAGUUUGGAGGUUGUUUUUUUGUGUUUCCGGGCAUUUGUUGAAUCGCUAGUUAACUCAGCAGUUCACCCUGGCCCUGACGGUGAUGGGCUCCCCGCAAAGCUUCGACCUCUCUCCACCUUCUCCCUCUUUUCUUCCCUUCUUGCUGUAGUGCUGGAAACACCACGAUGGUGCAAGCAGGGGGUAACAGCACAGGGGGCAAAUACGAGGGGAGGGGGCAGAAACAGCCAACCCAUUGCCCCACGUCUGCAUGCCAGUGGGUGCGGGAGGUGCUGGGGCGUUUCUGUGUGACCCUGGGCGUCCCCGAGCUCUGGGACGGGCAUUUGAGCUCAUUUCUCGUGUGCUUUUUUAAGAAACUCAUUUGUGCAAAGGGAGUGGCGCAGGACAGAUGGGAAUCGUCGUCGUUUUGCAGAAAGCAUCGUCCCUGCUCCUCUCCCAGGGGCGCAGAGACCCCCUGCGCUCCCCUGGCCCAGUUUCUCCAAAAGCCGCUUCACUCCUUAACCUUCCCCUUGGGAUAAUUAAGGUGGAAGAAGCAGGGAUGUGCCCGGGACAUGAGCACAAACCUCCUCCUUGAAAGAAAUCAUCUCUUUGAGCUUUGUGGCUUGAGCCCAAGCGGGAGAAAUGAUGGCCAGGAGAAUAAAUACACAUGGAAAUGCUCCAACCUUGCUUGGGGGGCGUCAAGGCUGGAUGUUCACUGCCUGAAAUUUGAUUUUCCCCCCUUUUUUUAUCCCCCACGUACCUUAUCCCAGGUGUGACUCCCAAUUGGGACAGAGGCCAGGUACACCAUGGAGUCCAGACGGGUAACGAGGGCCGAGCUGAAAGAUAAGAUGGAGAAUUUAGUCUGAUCUUACACUAAAAUGAAAACAUUUCUGGCUCCCACCUAGUUAAUCAACCCCUUUAAAAAUAACAAUGAAAAAAUGCUGCAUCCACGCAAAGUAGAAGCCUUGCAUUUUCCUCAGGGAGGUUUUCACCUGUGUUCUCCCUGAGCUGAGGUUCAUUUCUGAGCAUCAUCUCAAAAUAGGGGGAAAAAAACAACAGCCCUGAAUCAUUUUUGGCUUUUAAACUGGUGUGGGUUUUUUUUUUUCCAAGAUUGUUUUCUGGGAGAGUGAACACAACUGGUUUGUCUUCUUGAAUGUGCUUUUGGGGGGUUUGUUUGGGGUGAAGUUGUGAUGUGGAGCGUCCUGAAAUUGUCCUAAGAGUUGGGGGGGGGGGGGUACGUGGCUGGGGGGAGGCUGAGGCAGCACUAUAAAGGUGCCCCAAAACAGGCAAAUGUCGGAAAAAUCUGCACUCUAUUACAAAAAUGGAGAGCAGCUCUCCUGUAACCUCCAGAAAUGACCCAGCCUGCUGACUUUGAACCACCCGUGUAAAACCAGAGGGGAAAAAUGUAAACUCUCCUAUGCAGAGCUGUUCGAUUUCUGUGUUCCCAGCUGGGAAAACCCGCAGGAGAAGUAUUUAUUAUGAAACUUCAAAUAAAAUGAUUUAGAAAACAUA